GCCCAUGGUGACAAACAGCAUGGAUUAGCAGCCCUAAUCGGAGUGGGACGGUGGGUGGACUAUGGGUGUAAACUGGUUUGUGUUAACCAAGGCAAGAGGUGAGAAAAUGUAUUAGUAGUAGCAUUCUCCUAGUAUUUUUAUUUUAUUACGGCCUCUUCAAUGGGGUGGGUGGUGGGUGGGGAUCAAAUACACUAGCUCCAGAUCUGGUGUUUAGGAUUGCCCACUUAGCAACAUCUAAAACAAUUUGACUGCAGCAAUAAAUGCAACAAAAUAGCCGGGAAACACUAAAAGGGCAGAGAGAAAUGUGACAACCAUUAAUGUUGGAAAUCAAACCACUUUAAAAAGGGAGCAACCAUUUUGUGACCCCAAAAAAAAUCCUAAAAGGGAAGGUUUUAACUAACUUGGGAGUUUAUUAUUAUUAUUAUGCUUUAUUGGUUUUAAAAACAACAUGACACAAAGCAAUCAAUGGGGGGGGGGAAGAGAAAUAAAAUAUUCAUUCCAAACUUAAUACUUACUGUAUGUGACAUUUUGUGAUCAUGACUUCUAGUCAUCCCAUUGUGAUUCCCAAGUUACUUUCUUUAACUACACACUAAGCUUUACCUCUUCUAUGUUGUUUCGGUUACAUUAAUCUUGUAAGGUACUCUUAAUUCAUGCAGAAAGUCAAUCCAGGCCUGCCAACGGAUUUACAUUUUUACAAUGUUCCCUCAGACAGACUCUGUAUAUGUCCCAUUCUCUAUCAAAUUUUUGGUCAGUGACAUCUUGGAAUUUUGCUGAUAAUCUAGCUAGUUCUACAUAUUCUUGCAUUUUGUUCUUCCAGUCUAAUUUUGAUGGGAUAGCAUCUCCUUUCCUUAACUAACUUAGGUUACGACAACAGAAUGGGGGAGUUCCAGAGCUGGGAGAAGCCACUGAAGACCCUCUUCCUGGUGCCAAUUAGGAGGCAUCAUCUGCAAAAUGUUGGGAAACCUAGGAGAGCUUCUGAUGAUGAUCUCAAGGGGGGGCAAGUUUUAUUUGUUUUCAAACAUUUUUAUUCCACUUUUUCAUAGGCGCUUCAAAGAGGUUCAGAAAUUAGAAGCGGAAAGCAAUAGAUUAUCCAUUCAAAGAAAAGACUUGUGGGCUUCAUGACAUCCUCCCACUGGCAUUCAAAUGUUUUUGACGGAAUUCGUAAAUAGGAAGGAAAAGGUGGUAAUUCUUUGCAAAGAAAAUAUCCCACUAAAUUGAGGAUGUGUGCAGACGUAAUCAUCGAGCAGCCUUCGAACAACCAAAAGCAAUAGGAAUACAUGGGCUUGCUUUGAGGAGCCCCAGCCAGACAUUCUCUGCCUCGCGGGCUGGAAGGAGUUAAUAGCCCGAACUAGCGUCCGCAGGCAGCAACAAGUGCAGGGACAGCGACUAUAUAACCGCAGGAAUCGGGCUGCAGUCCAUCAUUGCCUCCGACGCGUCCAGAGCCGAGAGGGGGGUAGGAAAGAGACCCCCGAAUCGUAGCCCCCUCGGGCCAGACUCGGGGCUGUUCUGGAGGCAGGAGAGAGAAAGAAUUGAUGGGGUGGUUCUCAAAGUAAGAGGGCAAAGAGUUGGCAACUUCGCCUCGCCGACGCCUUUCCCGCAUCACCAGAGAACUUUGCCCCUCCAGCGCGCGUCCCCUCCAGCCUGCCAGUGCGGCCGGCAGCGCGCAAGAAAGGGAGAGGGGCGGGUCGCGGGUAUGAAUGGGGGCAGAUCCAUACGAGGCGAGUUGGUCGGCGGUGGCAAGGCGCGUGCAUGAAAAGAGCAGCUUCGGGGGAGAAACACAGCCGCGGGAUCCUCGGAAGCUGCCUUCUGCAGUCAAAGCAUCCGUCCCAUGCAGCUGAAUGUUUGUCUGCGCCGAGAGGCGGCUCAACGCCUCUCUGUGGAUAGUCCCGGCCCUACUUGGGCACGCUGGGGAUUGAACCCCACACCUUCUGCAUCAGGCAGGGGCAGGGCAGAUGGUCGGUCCUUCCCGUGCGUGAGCGCGCCCUGAACUGAACUGGAAGUGGGGCAUAGCAGUUGCGGCGUGGCGAGGCUCCCUCGACGAGCCCACACUCCUCCUCCUCUCCAAGUGUCCCGCGGUCACUCUCAGCUGCUCUCCCCGCUGCUCAGCCUCGCUUGCAGGACUCUAAGGAGCCGGGAGAUCUCGUUGGGCGCAGCAGCUUCUGGGCGAUCCGUCCGCGGCUCAUAAGAAAAGGCGAGACGGGAUCCGGUGGAACGGAGCGCUCAGACGAAAUCAGCCGGGAAGAUUUCCCCGAGUCCUCCGCCCUUGCCUUGAGUUUUUGCCAAACCCCGGAGUUGUGGAUCGGCCAGUAAGAGUCUUUCCAAAGAAGCCACUCGGCUGCCUGAGAGUCACCAGGAUUUACCACGAGGCGAGAAGGAGGAGGAGUCCAGGCCAUGCGCCUCUCCCCGCCGCGAGCAACUUCUCUGCAAAACUUCUGCAAGGCGGCGCGCAACGCUCUCCUCCGGCCGUAGCGUUUGCUGCGCCGGUUUCCAAAAGGGCCAUGCAGCGUUGCUGGGCGCUGCCUUCGCGCCCGGCUUUGGCAGGAGCCUGGGAAACGUUGCCCUCGAUCCCCGUGCGAUGAGCUUCCUCCUCUCAAGCUGGGGGUCGCCCUCGAUUGCCCUGCACGAUCACCUCCCCCCGCCCGGAAAUCGGAGGUGGUGGGCGCCCCCCACCUCAACCCCCGAUAAGCGAGUAUGGAAGAGGAAGGGUGGCUGCCGCAGAAGAAUCAGUCCGCCCGGCUGGAAAGGGAAGAGGCGGGUCCCUAUCCCGUUUGGGUGGCGGCCCUCCUCGCUGUCGUCCUCAUUGUCACCAUCGCCGUGGACAUUCUGGGCAACCUGCUGGUGAUCCUGUCCGUGUACAAGAACAAGAAGCUGAGGAAAGCAGGUAAUGGCAUUGCUGGCCAAAGGACACCUGUCCCCAGAGACAGCAUCCCGCACCGCUCUCGUUCAGCCUCAGAUGCUACCAUAACUGACCGGGGUUUGCCUGGGAUGGGGUUGCCUGCGCAUUCUUUAACCUGCCUGUAAAGGUAGCAGGAUGCAGAAGAAUCUGCCCUCGUUGUUCCAAGUUCCCGUUCUCCACCGCCUGUCUGAGGAACUGCUGAGAGUCUUCACUCCAGCAGAAGCAGAAUAUCAUGCUGUGUCUGCCCAGCAGGAUCUCCUAGAUAAAUUUUCUUGUAGCACCAAAUUAGAUUCUGGAGAGGCAUUUCUCCCCCACAAUUUAUGAUGAAAUGCAGAAGAAGCCCAGUGCUGACAUUUGUUUAUUUUAUUUAGGCAUGCAGAUAUUUGCUGUCUGAGCAGGACCAUCCUUGAUCAGAAGAAGUGCAGGAUGCCACCUUGGGUUCAUUCAAGGGCACCUGCUUCCUGAACAAACUCCCUUUCUAGGGUGCAGGUGGCAUAUGUAUUGAGCACUGUUUGCAGGGACAUUAGAUGACAUGGGUGUAACCCUAGAUCCACAAAAAUUAUUGAAAAGCAAUGAAAGAACUCAAUUAACUGAGGUUGUGCCUGUCCCACCCCUGGAGAAGCCUGCUUCAUUAAUGUCCUCUUUGGGGUGGGUAUAUUUCCCCAAAAAAACUCAACAACUUGGGGGGGGGGCAUCUCCUAAAAAAAGCUGAACAACUUUGGCUGCCUCCCCCCUAACAAAAAUCCUGGCUACGCCCAUGCAUCCAAACAAGUGUGUUAGCCACACUUUCCAGCACAUUUCCCCUGCAACUUUCCUUAUUGCAAAACACACACAGUCCCAAUCCAAUCUUUUAGGAGAGUGUGUCCACAAUGCAGGAGCAUAAAAUCAGCUUUAAUUGUGCAGCAUGAAUUAGCUGAUGCAUGAUUGAAUCUCACCCAAAAAUAGCUAGAUGGUUUGAAAGUGCCCUGGUUAUUAAAUACCACAAUUCUAAAUAGCAAUUCUCUCUUUUGAAGACUAGAGAGAUUUGCUUUGGAAAGAUAUUUUUAACACCCUCAUACCGUUUUAAACCAUCAGACUUUGGGCUGAUCCAGAAAGGUGGCAUUCUUAUGAUCUGAGACGCUUUUGAGGACACCUCAUUUUCUGAAAGAUAUCCUGCUUUCUAGAAAACACAUCUUGUAAAUCAGGGGUUGGGACCCUGUGGCUCUCCAGUUGGCCAUCCUGGACAGGGCCAUUUUUAGCAGAUGCGGUGCCGGGGUGCAAAUAUCCACUCAGCGCCCCCAAAUUACCACGGAUAGUGGGGGGAGCUGCGCACUGCCAGCCAUGGGGGGUGCGCAACUCUCCCCCAUGCCUAUGUGGGAGAGCGAUCCCUGCAGAGGCUUGGGAGGGAAGCUGCGCACCUGCCAGCCAUAUGGUUGACGGGGCGCAGCUGGUGGGCGUUCAGGGAAAGAGGAGGCCACCGGCAAAGCCGUGCAGUUCCCCCACUUGCUGGGGCACCCCUGAGAGGCCGGCGCCCUGGCACAAUGCACCACUAAGCCCUAUGGGAAAGACAGCUCUGAUCCUGGCUGGGGGUAUCCCACAGUGUCUGGCCAUAGGCUUCCCUGUCCCUCAUUCAAAAUUAUCUGAAGUUGCCUUCAAAGUUAUCUCCAAAACACAGAGAAUCAGUGAAGUUGGGGAAAGUGCAGGGUGUUUUAGUACAGCUUUGCAUAAUUUAAUUUUAUUCAAUAAUGUAUAUACCGCUUUACUGCACGCAUCUCUAAGCAGCAUACAAGGGAUACAAUACAGAAAAGAUUAAAACUAUAAAACCAGACUUCAAUUAACAUGUCUGCUGGAAUUUUUAGAAGACCUUAGAAGGUGCUGGAAGUUCAACAAGAAGGUGUCCUGUUUGACCUCAGUGGGAAGGGAGGUUGACAGAAUUCCCAUAAUACUGAAUUUGUGGUUGUGGGGCAUGGUGGACUCAGUGGUGCAUGAAGCAAGCACUGAAGGAAUUUAAGGAGAUAAGCUACGAGCAGUGGGAGAGGAAGCCUCUCAGGCACCUGGGGCGGUUUGUGUCGCACAGCACGGCACCCAUAGGGGCUAGGGACAGAGCCCGCCGCGCGGUGCUCAUAGGGACAGGCAGAGGCGAAGCUAGCGGCGGCAGCGGGGAGCGUCCUGGGAGGGUGCCGCCUGCGGCGAUGUCACCCCUCUCAGAGAUGACACCUGGGGUGGACCACACGCACCUUGCUCCGCCUCUGGCUAUAAGCCAUAGGUUACUUGAUAAUUUCUGGGCAGCUUCACCUAUGUAGCUGUUGUCUGAUAUAUAAGCAUCACUAAUCCCUGUUCAUGCAAGAUAACAGACCAGCCUGGUGUCCCUCCCCCCUCCUUAGAUGCUGUGGACUACAACUCCCAUCAUUCCUGAUCACUGACUAUUCUGAAUGGGGCUGUUGCAAAUCCAAAACAUCUAGAGGUCAUCAGUUUGGAGAAGGCUGAACUAGAUAAAAUGGAACGGCCGCUGGUCUCACCACCUGGCUCGGAAUGGCUGUCCUUUUUGUGCUUACACGAAAACCCCGUUGAGGAAUAAUAUCUCAAGCACACUUCUGCACAAGUAGUUUGAAUUCAUUGCAUGUUAUCUUCAAGUAGAAAACACAGCUGAAGCUUUUGAGCCUGAGGAUAUGGCUGGCUCUGCCGUGUCCACUUGCAUUCUCUGCUUAGUUUUGCUUGUGCCUGACCCAGGGUGUCUGGAACAAACAGCCUUUCAGUCUAUUGAAAUUUUGCUGUGAGCAGCUUCAGCAAACAGCAGCUGCACUUCUGUUUGGGGAUAAACAUGUAGGGCUCUCUUGCUGGUUUUGUCCAUCUGUAGACACUGCAAACAGCUUGCGUGCUUGCAGUGUUUCUAAUAUAAAGUAGCAAAAAUAAUGACACACUUCUUAUAAAUGCUUUGUAGACAAGGGAUGGUGGGAAAAACACAGAAUUAUAAGCUCUGGGGUUACUGCUGAGAUCCAUAUCUGGAAUAAUAAAUACACCUUCUCAGUGGCGUAGCGUGGGUUGUCAGCACCCGGGGCAAGGCAAGUAAUUUGCACCCCCUAACCCGUGGAUUUUAGUAGGGGCAGAGAGCUGCGAGUGCGAGCGCGCCCCCCCAGAUGUUGCGCCCGGUGCGGCCGGCCCCCCCUGCACCCCCCACGCUACGCCACUGCACCUUCUCUGUCCUUGGGUCAAUUAAACAGCAGGGGCUUUCGAGCCAUAAACAAUAGUGAAACAGAACCAGGCGCUCACAAUAAUUAGCAUGGGUGACCACACUUCUGUUUCACUUUCUGCUUAUACCAGAGGCCUAUGAUCUCAGUAUUCAAAGUAAGUUGUGAAAUGGCAGAAACCCAAGUAUACAUCGUCUAAAACAUUUUGAUUAAGAGCUAUUUCAUUUAACCUGUAAUUAAAACAAAACAAGAAAACCUGUUUAGGGAAGUUUUUAAUGUUUGAUGUUUUAUUGUGUUUUUAAUAUUCUGUUGGGAGCCGCCCAGAGUGGCUGGGGGAACCCAGCCAGAUGGGUGGGAUAUAAAUUAAAAAUUAUUAUUAUUAUAAAUAAAAUUUCAGAACUUCAAGUGCACAAAUGCCUUCCUCUUGUUUUUGUGCUGAGUGACAAGGACACAGGUGAAAGCAGGCCAUUUUUUAUUGAGUGGGUGGGCCCUCUGAGAGUCUGUAGAGCAUGAGACUCAAUUCCAGGGCUAUGGGUUCAAGCCUAACAUUGGGCAAAAGAUUCCUGCAUCGCAACAGCUUGGACUAGAUGAUCUUCGUGGUCCCUUCCAACUCUACAAUCCUAGGAGCCAGCUCUCUGUUCCUGCAUGACUCCUGCUAUCAUGAAAUUUAGUCCCUUUUUCUGCAGUGGAAUGAAAACUCAAACUACUGUCGUGCCUUGGAUCUCAAACACCUUGGCUCCUGAACCAAUCGGCUCCUGAACUAUCGAAACCCGGAAGUGAGUGUUCCGGUUUUCGAACGUUCUUUCGGAAGCCGAAUGUCCAACACGGCUUCCGAUUGACUGCAGCCAAUCAGAAGCCGUGCUUUGGUUUCCAAACGACUGCAUUUCAAAUAUAGACAAGAAGCUUAAGGGUACAAGUAUGCAGGCACCGGUAGUUUUUAUUUAAAAAAGAACAUUGCUAAUUGUUUAUUAACAAUGGUUACUUUUCAAGUGCCUUAAACUGUUCAACUUUUGAAUUCUAGGGAAUGCCUUUGUGGUCAGCCUGGCUUUUGCAGACUUGCUGGUGGCUCUGUACCCCUACCCGCUGGCCCUGAUCGCCAUUUUCCACGACGAGUGGGUCAUGGGCUACCUACACUGCCAGGUCAGCGGGUUCCUGAUGGGGAUGAGCGUCAUUGGCUCCAUCUUCAACAUCACCGGCAUCGCCCUGAACCGCUACUGCUACAUUUGCCACAGCCUGAAGUACGACAAGGUCUUCUCCCUCGGAAACACACUGGGCUAUGUGGGGGUUGUUUGGGCCCUCACCUUGCUGGCCAUCAUGCCAAACCUCUUUGUGGGCUCCCUCAGGUACGACCCGCGGGUGUACUCUUGCACUUUUGCCCAGUCCGUCAGCUCCCUUUACACCAUUGCGGUGGUGGUGGUCCAUUUCUUCUUGCCCAUCGCCAUCGUCAGCUUCUGCUACCUGAGGAUCUGGGCCUUGGUGCUCCAGGUGCGGCGGCGAGUCAAGCCCGACGUCCGGCCCAAAAUGAAGCCACACGACUUCCGGAACUUCCUCACCAUGUUUAUGGUCUUUGUGCUUUUCGCCAUCUGUUGGGCGCCACUGAACUUUAUUGGUUUUGUCGUGGCUCUGAAGCCAGCGCUGGAGCCUUCCAUCCCUAAAUGGCUCUUCACGGGCAGCUACUUCAUGGCAUAUUUUAACAGCUGCUUAAACGCCGUGAUUUAUGGAGCCCUGAAUCACAAUUUCCGAAAGGAGUACAAGAAAAUCAUACUAACCCUUUGCCAGCUGGUUUGCAGAACUGACUGAAAGAAAUCCGCCGAAGCUCAAACGGGUUGGAGAGGUCGGGUCUCGGAUAGCAAAGUAAUCUGCAAAAGAGUUGUUUGUUACUUGCCUGCAACAGGAUACUCGAUGGUGGCUCACCGUGGCUUGUUCAGUGAGGUUUGAGAGUAGCACUUGAGAGCUGUGUUUGCAUAGCAAACAUCAGUUUCCUUAGAUCCAUCUCCCACCCACAACCUGCCCUGUUUUUCUUAUCAGUAAAAUCACCGUGGUGGCUGAUAAGAGCUGAGCCAAAUAAUUCUUAGCAAAUAAUGCUUGUAAUAAUUUUGACCUGCUCUCCAUACGGAACAUCUCGUUGGUUUCUCUACUUGAUUCUUAAAGUCCCACGGCAUUUGAGAUUGUUUUUGAGAAGCUAUCCAAAAGCCCCAAAAUGGGCUUUGUUGAACGAAGUCCAGAGACCUUGACUAGGAAAGAAUUAUGACCGGUGCUUUCUUUCUUGGUAGAUUUCUUUCUUCGGUAGAUACUGAGAAUACAAUCUGCAAAGAGCUGUAUGUUUUUGUACAUGGAUCAUCAGCUGUGCUGAGUACACAAAAAUGGCAUGGGGUUGAGAGAGAGAAAUGGACUGCUGAAAUUGAAACAAUCCUGGUAUAAACAAUUUUUUAUCGCAGUUCAAAAAUCUAUGCUCAGGCAUGCAUCAAGGACCCCAAAAGUCUGCACAGAUUUUUCUCUUGUGAUUUCUUUGAUGAAAGUGAAAUUAUUUGGAAAAUAUCUGCGUAAUUCACUUUGGCUACCAUCUUUUUUUGGUGGAGGAAUUCGAAUCCCCAUGAUGGGGUGAGCACCUGUUGCUCGGUCCCUGCUCCUGGCAACCUAGCAGUUCGAAAGUACGUCAAAGUGCAAGUAGAUAAAUAGGUACCGCUCUGGCGGGAAGGUAAACAGCGUUUCCGUGCGCUGCUCUGGUUCACCAUGCUGGCCACAUGACCCGGAAGUUGUACGCCAGCUCCCUCGGCCAAUAAAGCGAGAUGAGCGUGCAACCCCAGAGUCAGUCGCGACUGGACCUAAUGGUCAGGGGUCCCUUUACCUUUACCUAAUCCCUGAGGCUAUUCCUUGACUACCUGAAGAAGUGUCUCCCUUGGCUCUUCUUGUUUGGAGUGAAGGUGGGAAUGAGGCCAUGUCCUUCCAGGCAAUGUGAAAAUCGGCUUUCUAUCCUUUCAUUGCUCAUACUUGUCCCAAAGCAGAUUUGAACUCAGCAAGGCAGGGGAUGGAGUCAAGUAGGGGUAGGAUAGUCAGGCCUUACCAGGUCAGUGCACAGUCCAGCAGGAUAAUCUUUCCAGUUUUCUACUGCCCACAUUUUGCUCAUUUGUGCCAAACACAACCAAGCAUAUGGAAGAAGGCCAGGUCCCUGUCUGUCUAUCUGCCUAGUACAAAGACACCCAGCCCAUCUCCAGAAAGGGUAAGAGAACCAGAGAGGUCCAUGUAGGGCCUUAGCUUGGUGGUAGAGCAUUUGCUGUGAAUGCUGAAGAUCCCAUUUUCAGUCUCCAGCAUCUCUGGGUAAAGCCGAGGGUCUAAAAUCCUAGAGUGCUGCUGCCAGUCAGUGUAGACUCUACUGAGCUAGAGAGGCCAAUGGUCUGAUUCAGCAGAAGGCAUAUUUCUGCAAACUUUCAAAAGAAGUUGAUGGUCAAAUGUGAAUACUAUUGAGAUGGAUGUUCAAGGAGAAUGGAAAGCCCUUUUAAGAUCAAUGAAGGUAGUUAGAAGGACACUCUGAAACUCAGCCCAUCAUUACAGCUCAUUUGGGUUAGAUGAAAUUCCACAGAAAAUGAUCACCAACCUUUCCAGGUUGAUAGAAGAGCAGCAGGCCCCAAAGACCGAGCCAAAUUUCUGUGUGGAAUCUUCAGCAAUCCUGGUGCAACAGGCUUUAAGAACAUUUGCUGCUGAAACAACUCGCAUGGAUAUGGAUCAGAAUGCAAUAAAUCGUUUUUUUAAAAAAAUAGAGGGUGACCUAUCCAACAAGCUGAAAGACUGAUGGUGAGAGGAGAUGGUUAUGGAACUGUUUGAAGCCUUCUCUUGCCCUCUGACAUAUAAAAUGCAACCCUCUACUCUCAAUGCAUGUGUAUUUCUUUCUGUAGCCUGCACUGGCCAUUUCUAUAAACACAAG